GAGCGUAGCGGCUCCGAUGUGAAAGGCUACGCUGGUCUCGUGAAUCAGACUUCUUAUGUAGGCUCUUUUUUCUGUCGCUCCGGUUUACUUUUCCUUUUUCAAACUCACUUCUCAAUGUCUUGGAGACAUAAUUGCCAAGUUCUUGAGCGCAGCAUGCAGGGAUUUCAACAUGCUUGGAUAAAAAGUUUUUGACAGCUCCGAUUUCGUGAUCUAGUUCUGGGGAGUUUCGGAUCUGAUCCGACUCUAGGCUACUGCUUUGCAUCCCGCAUCCUGUCAAUCAAUCGUAGACAGCAUAGUUUGGUCGUGUCGUUUCCGUAAUACAAUCCGAACACAUUUUCCCCAAAACCGGGCAACAUGACAAACUGGAGUUGGAAUAACUUUGCAUUUCUGCAUGCUUUUUAUGUCUUGUCCAUGUCCGUUGCAACGGGCAAUACAGACAACACACUUCUGAAUUUACAUAACGGCAACAGCUUGAGCCAGAGUGUGCUGCACAGUGCCGUCCCUGAGCCCCAACGCUAUGACACCACGGUACCUUUCCUGCUGGAAGGGCCGGAGCGCAAACCACUCAGCCAGCUCACGUCCAGGAGUUAUCCUGCCUCACUGAGGCUGGUGGUGGAGGCAGAAGGUGAAAAACUGGUCCUGGCACUACAAAAAAACAAGGGCCUGUUUGCAAGUCAUUAUACUGAGACACAUUACCUGGAGGAUGGGAGUCCCGUCACUGGUGCUCACAACUCUACGAAGAACUGUUACUACCAUGGAGAAGUGGAAGGCCACGCUAACUCUGACGUCACUCUCAGCACCUGCUCUGGCCUCCGGGGUUUCAUCUCACUUGAAAAUAAGACCUUCAUCCUUGAACCAUCGUUGGACCAGGACAAUUAUACACACAUCAUUUACCGAGGGGAAAACCUCAACCUGUCCUCUGGAACCUGUGGUCAUGGCUUCAACAUGUCCUCUGUUACACCUGACAACCAUCUAAGAAGCCCUUUCAGAACAUUCAGUACCAGGCACAAGAGGCACGCUCAGAAGACUACCAAAUACGUGGAGCUGAUCAUCGUUGCAGACAACAGAGAGUUUCAGAAACAGGGGAAGGACGUUGAGAGGGUGAAGCAGAGACUGGCAGAGAUAGCCAAUUACGUGGACAAGUUCUACAGGGUCCUGAACAUCCGCGUGGCCCUGGUGGGCCUGGAGGUAUGGAGCGACUCUGAUAAGUGUCCUGUCACUCAGGACCCCUUCAACACCCUGCAUGAGUUCCUAGACUGGAGGAAAGUCAAACUGCUGCCUACAAAAUCACACGACAACGCUCAGCUCAUCAGUGGGGUGUACUUCCAGGGUACCACCAUUGGCAUGGCUCCCAUCAUGAGCAUGUGCACAGUGGAGCAGUCUGGAGGCAUCGUCAUGGACCAUUCGGAAAAUCCCCUGGGUGCAGCUGUGACUUUAGCACACGAGCUGGGGCACAACUUUGGCAUGAACCACGACACCCCGGAGCGGGGGUGUGGCUGCAGGAUGACAGUGGACCGUGGGGGCUGCAUCAUGACCCCCUCCACUGGGUAUCCAUUUCCUACUGUGUUCAGCACCUGCAGUAAGAAGGACCUGGCAGCCAGUCUGGAGAAGGGAGUGGGGAUGUGUCUGUACAACAUGCCUGAGGUCAAGGUGCUCUACGGGGGACAGAAGUGUGGCAACGGAUAUGUGGAGGAGGGAGAGGAGUGUGACUGUGGAGAGCUGGAGGAAUGCAUGAACCCCUGCUGCAAUGCCACCACCUGCACCCUGAAGGGAGAUGCCGUGUGUGCACACGGACAGUGCUGUGAGGACUGCAGGCUGAAGCCUGCUGGCACACCGUGUCGAGAAUCCAGUAACUCCUGUGAUCUGCCAGAGUUUUGUACUGGUGCCAACCCCCACUGCCCUGCCAACGUGUACCUGCAUGACGGGCACUCUUGCCACAAAGUGGACGGAUACUGCUACAACGGCAUCUGCCAGACCCACGAGCAGCAGUGCAUCACACUAUGGGGACCAGGAGCCAAACCUGCCCCGGGGAUCUGCUUUGAGAGGGUCAACUCAGCAGGAGAUCCUUACGGGAACUGUGGCAAGGACUCCAAAGGAUUGUUUGCCAAAUGUGAAGCCCGAGACGCAAAGUGUGGUAAAAUUCAGUGUCAAGGAGGGGCCAACCGGCCUGUGAUUGGCACCAAUGCCGUCUCUAUAGAAACCAACAUCCCUCUUCAGGAAGGAGGGAGAAUCCUGUGUCGGGGGACGCACGUUUACCUGGGUGAUGACAUGCCCGACCCUGGACUGGUUCUGGCUGGCACCACGUGUGGAGAGGGCAUGAUGUGCCUAAAUCGUCAGUGCCAGAACGUCAGUGUGUUUGGUGUGCACCAAUGUUCAGGGAAGUGCAGCGAACGAGGGGUGUGCAACAACAAGAAGAACUGCCAUUGUGAGGAGCACUGGGCCCCUCCCUUCUGUGAGAGGGCGGGGUUUGGAGGCAGCCUCGACAGCGGACCAAUGAGACUGUCAGCCGACAGCAGGGGGGUUGCCGUGGCGAUCCUGGCCACCCUCCUCAGCCUGAUGGGUGCUGGGUUCCUGGCAUUUCUCAAGAGGAAGACUCUGGUCCGUCUGCUCUUCACCAACAAGAAGACCACCAUGGAUAAACUGAGGUCUGUUGGAUCCACCAGAACAACCAGUCCCAGCCAGACUCAGUCCAUGUACAGUUCACGACGCAAGCCCCCAGCCAAGCCCCCAGCCAAGCCUCCAGGUGCCAGCGUAUACAAGCCAUCCCACCAGAGUUUGGAGCCUCUCCUCCCUUCACACAGUUUACAUUCCCACAGCUUACGGCGGUUGCCCAACUACCAGCCCAUCCACAUCAGCCACCCCAUGCCUGUCUCCCUGAGUGUGGGACAGCAACCUCUGCCCCCAGUCCCACCCCACCACAGGGCCCUGCCGGCCCACACUGCCCUCUCCCCACCGCGGGCACCACCCUGCCACAGCCUGCCCAGACAGCAGCCCUACAGGAUAGACCAGGACCGUGAGAAGCCCAGUCCGCCCCAGAAGCCCCUGCCAGCAGACCCUCUGGACAGGCGUGUUUGGGUAGAGAGCAGCACCUCGGUGGUGGGGGUCCGCCUCCCUGGACCCAUCCCUAUCCCCAUCCCCACCGUGCCCAGGACUCUGCUCACCAUUCCACAACCAAACAGACCUGCACCCAUACAAUCCCAGAGACUGCCUAAGACUCAUCAUUUUGACCGCUGAUCACAAAGAAAUGGAGAUGGAAUAGUGGGGUGCUCUAUGGAUGGAGACCCAUAUUUGCACUACAAGACUCUACCAGACCUUUGCAACUUUGAAAGGGUCUCAGAGUUUUAGGAAAAGGGGACUGACUUCAAACAUUGGUGCUAUGCCUCUGAAAGGUGCUUUUGUUGUCCUCGCUCAGGUACAAAUGAACUAUUUAAUGUCUAUACCUUGUAACUCACGAAGCAGCAGUGUUAGGGACUGGGAGUGUACGUUCAGUUUGUCGUGAAUAAGAACUGCUUUCGCAUUCCAAGGCAUCCACUCACUUCAUAAUCUGCAACAGUGCCGGACUGACAUGUUGGAGAUGUCAAUUGCGGUGUGUUUCGACCACAGGUGGUUGGUUGGUGGCACCUUCAUUGAGCAGGACGGGCUUGUGGUAAUGGCUGGAGCAGAUUAAGUAGAAUGGUAUCAAAUACAUCAAACACAUGGUUUCCAUGUGUUUAAUGCCAUUCCAUUUGUUCUGUUCCAGCCAUUAUUAUGAGCCGUCCUCUCCUCAGCAGCCUCCACUGGUUUCAACUAAUCCAAUUCGGUGCAAAAGCAAGGGAAUUGUUCAGAAUCGACACGUACUUGAAUUAUUGUUCGAUCUUUGCAUUCAUACAUGGUCUACAUAUCAAAUUAAAUCAAAUAUAUUUAUAAAGCCCUUCUUACAUCAGCUGAUAUCUCAAAGUGCUGUACAGAAACCCAGCCUAAAACCCCAAACGGCAAGCAAUGCAGGUGUAGAAGCACAGUGGCUAGGAAAAACUCCCAUGAAAGGCCAAAACCUAGGAAGAAACCUAGAGAGGAACCAGGCUAUGAGGGGUGGCCAGUCCUGGCUGUGCCGGGUGGAGAUUAUAACAGAACAUGGCCAAGAUUUUCAAAUGUUCAUAAAUGACCAGCAUGGUCAAAUAAUAAUAAUCACAGGAGUUGUCGAGGGUGCAGCAAGUCAGCACCUCAGGAGUAAAUGUCAGUUGGCUUUUCAUAGCCGAUCAUUCAGAGUAUAUCUACCGCUCCUGCUGUCUCUAGAGAGUUGAAAACAGCAGGUCUGGGACAGGUAGCACGUCCGGUGAACAGGUCAGGGUUCCAUAGCCGCAGGCAGAACAGUUGAAACUGGAGCAGCAGCACGGCCAGGUGGACUGGGGACAGCAAGGAGUCAUCAUGCCAGGUAGUCCUGAGGCAUGGUCAUAGGGCUCAGGUCCUCUGAGAGAGAGAAAGAAAGAGAGAAUUAGAGAGAGCAUAUUUAAAUUCACACAGGACACCGGAUAAGACAGGAGAAGUACUCCAGAUAUGACAAACUGACCCUAGCCCCCUGACACAUAAACUACUGCAGCAUAAAUACUGGAGGCUGAGACAGGAGGUGUCAGGAGACACAUACAUGAUCUUUAUUCAUGUGUACCCUAAUAUGAGUUAAUUGACAGGGUAUUGGACCCAAGUAUAUAACUACAGUACCACAGAGAAAAGUAUCUCUGACCUUUAAGUUUUUCUCCGCUGGCGAACUUGAACACGUUUACAAACUUACAAAUGAUUUUGGGCUCUUACAUGCCCUUAAUAGUUCAUGUUGUGACCACAGACUUGAAGGAUAUGCUCUCGUCACCGCUUUCAUAAAUACUCAACUCUCUUACACACAGUUUGGAGUAUUUGCUGGCAGUUGUGCAAUACGUAAUGCUCCCAGCGGGGCCAGGAGAGUCUAAAAUGAGCUGACACUGCUGGGUUCCAGAGAAUCACAGCAACACCAAAUAAUGCAAUAUAACGGCUGGUGGAGGAGCAUGCUACACUUCAACUCACUUGAUGCUGUGGUGUCAAGAUGACUUCAGUGUUGUGAAGAGUCCAAACCCCACUUAGAUGGUGUCCAAUGUUUUAUUCAUUUUUAUAUUUUCAAAGUUUACUCAGACAAAAGUAUGCCCAAAGUGGUUUACUUUACGAGGUAAUUGCCGGUACUUGACCUCAUGGUUAUCAUUAUUCAUUUACUAUUGGAGCUCGGUCUCACACAUUGGCACAUAACUCUCUCCUUGAGGUUUUCAAGACAUUUCCAAUUAAGUUGAAUUUGUCCUUUGAAACAUUACAGUCUUACAGCAAAUACAUCCAAUAGCUGUACUUAAUGUCCUGUUCUUUUCCCUUUACUUUACUUUAAUUUGCGGACUAAGUGACACAAUUGAUUUUCAAUACAUUAAAAUGUUGUCCAAAUUAAAGUAGAGACUGUGGGUACAUAAUGUCUUGGCCACAAUAUGGUUCAUUAAAUAUAGCUCUGAUGGGUGCUGAGUAAGAGUGUUCAUCAUACUGCUCAGUCCUCUGGCAUGGCACGGGAUGUGUGUGUGUGCGUGCAUGCCUGCGUGUAUGUAUGUUAGCAAGCUUACCAUAUGAAGUUAUGACCUCCCUCUCAUAACUACUUUGUAAGGUUGUUUCAACAGGGGCGAACUUUUACAUUGAAAAGUAUUCAGUACAGCACCAAACAGGGGCACAUGUUGCAUUAUUGUAGGUUGUAAAACAACAUAUCAAACCUGGUCUGCAAUGUAUCGUGAUCACCAAUAUACUGUUGUGCUUUAAUUAAAUGGAUGCAUGUGUGUGUACUCAUAAUGCAGUGUAUGUCUUGUCGCUCAAUAGUGUGGAAUGCACUACUCGCUACUCAUCAGACUGGCAUUGUGUAGUUGCAUUUACACUUUUCGUCAUCACUGUCUAUGUUCCUUUUUUUACAGAUUUAGAUCAACUGCUAUCUGAUGUCAGCAUUUGUCAGAUCUUCAGGUCUAUUCACUUGUAAAAGUUGCUUUCUACAAAUGUACUGUAUUUUUUGUUUCACUCUUACAUUUUCAAGUUAAAAGCCAUUGUACAGUUAGUGUAAAUAUAGUAUCUGUCAGCAAUCAGUAUUUUAUUUUACAAGAGCAGUGAGAACCACAAAGUUUUGGCUUCUCCUGUUCAAUAAAACAUGUUUUUUUUAUUAUUGAACUCCAUUUGGAAUGAGGAUUAUGGUAAAAGAUUGGAUUCUGGAGCAGUUGGAGUACUUGAACAUUGCAGAGCCAAAUAAAUGAGAUUUCUCUUAUGCUGUU